UUGUGAAUGUGAGCACGUGGUGUAUCUACUAUAUUGUGAGCACGUGGUGUAACUAGUGUACUACGAAUCUACGACGAUGAACAAACACAACACGAUCAUUAUUGAAUGUGAGAGGCCACUUUUCCAUCUACUACUACCAAGUGACGUGCUUAAUUUUGACUCUCAGGUUCCAAAAGUGACUGAAGAAGAAGUAACUGUACCAACCAACUACGAAUACUAGUUUAGUUAUCAUCAUCAUCUUGCAUAUUCAUUCAUUCAUUCAUUAGGGUAUUUAUUUGCAAUUACAAAUUGGAUCUUGUAAGUAAUCUUCUUCUUCUGGUGUGUGUGUGUGUGUGAGUCAAUUAUCUGUGAAUCAUGAUGGCAAAUUCAGAAGAAGUGGGAAACAAGCAGGUGAUAUUCAAAGGAUACAUAGAUGGAGUUCCUAAAAUAUCUGACAUGGAACUCAAACUUUCUAAUAUUAAACUCAACAAUCCCUCACAACAAGCUCUUCUUGUCAAGAACAUUUAUCUCUCUUGUGAUCCAUAUAUGCGUGGUCGUAUGCGUGAUUUUCAUGGAUCUUACAUCCCCCCAUUCGUUCCUUCCAAGGUGCUUGAAGGAUUUGGUGUGUCUAAAGUAAUAGUAUCUGAUAAUCCAAAUUUCAAAGCUGGUGAUUUAAUUUCUGGGUUUACUGGCUGGGAGGAAUACAGCAUCAUCACUAAAACUGAUCAGUUGAGAAAAAUUGAACCUGAUGAUCACAUUCCUCUUUCCUUCCAUCUUGGUCUUCUAGGAAUGCCGGGUUUUACGGCUUAUGCUGGAUUUUAUGAGGUGUGUUCCCCUAGCAGUGGAGAAUAUGUUUUUGUAUCUGCAGCAUCAGGUGCUGUAGGUCAACUUGUAGGUCAACUUGCUAAGUUGCAUGGUUGCUAUGUUGUUGGAAGUGCUGGUUCAAAAGAAAAGGUUGAACUUCUAAAGAAUAAACUGGGAUUCGAUGAAGCUUUUAACUAUAAGGAAGAAUUGGACUUGGAUGCAGCUCUUAAACGGUAUUUUCCACAAGGUAUUGACAUCUACUUCGAUAAUGUGGGUGGUGACAUGCUUGAUGCUGCCCUCCUUAACAUGAAGAUUCAUGGUAGAAUUGCAGUUUGUGGGAUGAUUUCUCAGCAAAGCAUUUCUGAUCCAAAAGGGAUUCGCAAUUUAUCCUCUCUCAUUUAUAAGCGCAUAAGAAUGCAGGGAUUUUUGCAAAGUGAUUACUUGCACUUGUACCCAAAAUUUUUGGAAGAGGUUUCAGCUUACUAUAAACAAGGAAAGAUUGUGUAUUUUGAAGACAUGAAUGAAGGUUUAGAAAGUGCUCCAGCUGCUUUUGUCGGACUUUUCACCGGCAAGAACGUCGGUAAGCAAGUCAUUCGUGUUUCACAUGAAUAAUUGCACCUUAGCAGAUGUUCACAAUGUGUUGUAAACAUAUCAUCAUAGUUCUAAAUUGAAGUUGUUUUUUUUCGGUUGUAGUUAAGUUGCGAACCUUGAUAUUGUAACAAAACAUGAGUAAUUAGUAAUUACAUUCGAUGCGGCUAUAGUUGCAGUUAUAAACUGCAAUUUAGAACUAUAAAACAUAUGAUACAUUCAAUAUUUUUGGACAGAUUUGAACCACGGCAUGGCCUUAACGUGUUACUGUUUAAUCUGUGGUAGAAAA